UGUACAUCAUACCUAACCUCUGUCAUCUCGUCCUAGACAUCUGUCACCAGAUCCUGGACCUGUACUCCCAGGGGAAGACCCCCAUCCCCUCGGGUCUGGAGCUGGAGACCAAGCAGAGAGGACCCCCCCAGCCCCCUGUCCCAGCCCCCCCACAGCCUCCAGAGGGUGUCCCACUACCCCCUCCACCCAAGAGGAUCUCCCCUCAAGGCAGCCCCCCACGCCAUCCAAAACGCCCACAUAGCUCUCCAAAAGAGGAACCCAAACCUCCAGAACAAGUGGGUUCUAAGAUUCCACGGUUGGAGAGCCCUAUGCCCCCCCUGCCCGCUUCUCAACCGCUGCCUGAUCGUAAGGCUCCCCCAGUGCCUCCUGAAGCUGAGCCAGCCGCGGGUAGCGAGCCCGUUCCCCCUCCCCCCUCUCACGCGCCACCCCCCCACCAGCCCCCUCCCCUGCCCCACCGCCCCCCUCCUCCUCCUCCUUCUAGUUACAUCAUGGGAAUGUCCACCUCUAGCUCCUACAUGUCAGGGGAAGGCUUCCAGAGCCUUCAGUCUAUAAUGAAGACAGGGGAACCGUCCUAUGCCCCCAUGCCCCCCAACUACGGUCCCCCCAUGCCCUAUCAUCCUCAUGGCUACCCCAACGCUCCACCCCCAGGACCCCCACCCAGCACUUACCCACCCCACAACCUGCCCCCUCCCUCUCCGGCCUACCCUCCACCAGGCUACAACUACCCUGAGUACCCCCCGCCACGCAUGCCCCCAGGACACGGGGUGCCACCUCCGGGGAUGGGCAUGCCUCCUGGGGGGUACCCUCCACCGCCAGGCCAGCCCCAGGUGCCCCUGCCACCCCCUGGCAUGCCAAUGAACCGUGGGGGAUGGAUGAGAUGAAAGGAGGAGUGGUGGAGGAGAGAGGGAAAGAGAGAGAAGGAUGAAAGAGUAGAGGAAUGUCUGAAGCUAACAGUACACUUCCUGUUGUGCAGAACUUUAGCUGGGUCGUGUUCAUUAGUCACCAAACGGAAGAAACUGACUACUGAGGGGCUACCUGCACUUGUCCAAUAGGAAAUGCUCAUUUUUGUUUCUGUUGCAAAACUGUUUGGUACACUGUGUCCUAAUGAAUACAACCCUGGAGUCCACUGGAGAUGUCAACAAACAAAGGAUUUUUACCUCAGAGAGCCAUGUCUGUUCUACACUGUCUUGGCUGCUUGUGGAAUCCCAGGCAUGUAAAGGUUACGACCCCUGGAAUCUGUCCUGCCAUUCUAUAGAGAUUCUAUCAGUACCACAUUCCAAGUGGUUCCUUUUGAGAAAGACGAGGCAGAUCAUAUUGAAGUCUUGACAUGGUUGAACAUAUUUUGAGACGUACUGAAAGGAAAUACAAUUUACAUUUAGACUGAAGGUUCGAAUGAUGCUAUAAAACCUGCUUGUUUUUGCUUUCAUUUUUAGUCUGCAUCGAAAAAGGAUAUAUUUUCAGUACUGUGAUAACUUUACCCUGUGUGUAUGUGGAGAACAAGUUGGGUUUAUCGCAGAAAAUACCAAACACAUUUGUCUUUUUAUUUAGCUGUGUGAAUAUUGGUUCGUCUGUAAGUCGUAUUGGACUGGAUGUAACAUAUAUAAUAUCAGGAAUAGCUCUUCCACUGUUAGUCAUGAGCUGAAAGACAUCGGCAACCCAUAUCUGGUUCUGAACAGCCGGUGGAUAGGACCCUGGACAGGCAGGAGUGUAUUUGUACAUGAUAAAGUUACUAGGUCUUUCUAGACAGCUCAUAUCCUUAGUUAAUCAGGCUUUACUUUAAGACAAUUGCGUUCUCCCUCCCUACACACCCACACUUGAUUUUGUGUCUCACAGGCACUCGGGAUAAUAAAAUAAA